AUGUCAAGGAGAAGGCCUUUCUCUGAUUUCUCUGGAGGCAAGGCUGGCAAGGACAGUGGAAAGGCCAAGGUGAAAGCAGUGUCUCGCUCACAAAGAGCUGGACUUCAGUUCCCCAUGGGCUGUAUCCAAAGACACUUGAAGACUCGCAGCACGAGCCAUGGAUGGAUUGGUGCCGCAGCUGCUGUGUACAGUGCUGCAGUUCUUGAGUACCUCACAGCUGAGGUUUUGAAGUUGGCAGGUAACACUUCCAAGGCUCUCAAGGUAAAACGUAUCACUCCUCGUCACUUGCAGCUUGCUAUUCACGGUGAUGAGGAAUUGGAUUCCCUUACUAUAGCUACAAUUGCUGGUGGAGGUGUAAUUCCUCACAUCCACAAGUCUCUGAUUGGAAAGAAGGGACAGCAGAAAACUGCAGAGAGAAGAGUUUUCAACAGCCCUCUUCCUCCAUGUCAUUGUACUGUAACUGGGACAGAAGAAAUAUGGGGAGAGCCACCAUCAAUCAGAGGAGUCAGGAACAUGCUAGAUGUAACUAACUAUACUUCAGCUUCAAGUGUUCCCUUGAGGCAGAGCCACCCAUGA